AUGGAGCAAAUAAAGGUAAAAAAUUACACGGACUUAAUCAGUUCGUUAAAUAAGAACAGCGAGAAGUUGUUCUUACAAACUUCAUCAAGUAAAGUUAACGAAGUAGAGAAAAAUGAAUUAAUAGAAAUGAUUGAAUAUUUUUCAAAUAUAUUAAUAAAAUUUUUUUAUAAUGAAUUUCAUGUGAGUAAUAUUUGUAUUACCAAGUCAGAUUUUGACUCAGAACAACUUUGGCAUUUUAUUCAAUGUAUAAUAAAAGAAAAACAACUUCAUCAUUUGCUUGAGUUUUUUAAUAGCUUUGAAAAAAAUAUUGAAAAUAUACUAAAUGAUAAAGAGGGAGAAAAUACCCAUCUUAGUAUUACAAGUGGAACAAAUGAACAAAAUGAAAAAAAGAAAAAAAAAAAAUUAAAGCGGCAGGCAGGUAACGGAGAUAUAGUCCAAGUGAACAAAAUGAGCAAGACAACAAACAAAGGUGAUAAAGCAGAGGAAAAGAUAAAAAUCGCUUCAAAGUCUAAUACUACGAAUGAAAAGGAUAAAACAGAGGAAGAAGCUACUAUGAUUGAAGAUCGAUUUUUUAAUAUGGACGAGAUGCAGCAGUUUUUGGAGGAAGAAGAAAACAAAGUAUUAGAUAAGCACUCGGAUGACAGUUCAUUAGAUAGUUCCUCGGAUAAUGCAAAUGACAGCCAAUACGACUUGAACGAGUUUGAGUGCAAUUAUGAGGAGACGAACAAACUCAGGUACGAAGAUUUUUACACGGAUAGAGAGGGGGAAGAAGCAGAAGAAAUGGACGAUAGUGAAGAAGAAGAAGAAGAAGAAGAAGAAGAGGAGGAGGAGGAGGAGGAGGAGCAAGAGCAGGACACGGCAGAUAUGGACUAUAGCGAAGAAGAGGAAGAACAGGACGCGGAGGAACGGGGACGAGAUCGGGGAGCCAUGGCAAAGGGUAAAAGGGUGGACGAAAAAAUCGAAAGGGAACUAAACGAGAUGAACAUGUAUGAUGAAGUGGAAGUUGAUGACCAGGACGACGAGAUGAACGGAGCGGACAUCAAAAUGAUGGACAAAGAAAAAAUCGAAAGAGAGUUAAUUGAAAAAAAGCACUGGUCCCUGACAGGGGAAGUGCAUGGCUUUAAUCGCCCCAAAAAUAGCAUUUUAAAAUUGAACGUCGAUAUACCGAAAGUUAACACGUAUAAUAAUAACGACGCAUUUAUAAGUAAAACAGUAGGAUAUGGAAUGAACAGUGAUGAGGGAGAAGGAAGUGAUAAUGAUGAUAGAGAAAACGAAAGGGGCAAUUUACGGAACAACGUAAUGGGUCAAAAAAAAAAUUUGUUGAAUGAAGAAAUAGAACUGGUCGUUAAACAACGAAUAAAAAACAUGCUGUUCGAUGAUGUGGAAAAAAAAAGAAUCGAAGAUUUAGAUCUGUCAUACAAUGAUAGUAGUAGUAACACUAAUGGUAAUAACAACAAUGAGGAGGUAAAUUUUGAUGAACUAAAUUUUUGUAAAAGUAAAACAAACUUACUUGAUGAAUACACAAAGAAAUAUCAAGAAGAAAUUGAAAAUAGUCAAUCAAAAAAUAAAGAAAUGAAUUUACAAAAAAUUGAAUUAAUAAAUUUGUUUAAAAAAAUAAUGCAUUGUUGUAACUCCUUAUCAAAUGAUAAUUAUAUACCGAAACCUGCAUUGUUAACUAAGACAAAUGAAAAAGUCGCUUGUUUACAUAUAGAGGAAAGUACACCUCUCAUUUUAUCCAAUGCAAAUAAAAAAUUACCCGAGGAAAGGUGUAAACCUGGUCAUGUAAAAGAGUCUAAGGAACUUACUAAAAAAGAAAAGAAAUCUUUAAGAAGAGCUAAAAAAAUGAAAAGGAAAAAAAUGCUUAUAAGUUCUUUUAAAAAUAGCGCUUAUGGAAUUAAUCAAUUACAAAAGAGAAAUAAUUACUUAAUAGACAAAAACAAAAAAACUAAAAUGGAAAAAAAAAAUAUUGGAAAAUACGGUGUCUCUUCAAAGGAGCAGCUAUCCAUGGGCAAAGCUACAAACAGAUACGACUUCACCAAGGAUAUAGCAAAGGCAAUAUCCUUCGAUAAAAAGAAAAGAAAUUAG